GGCUUCUAGCCAAUGGAUGAACCAUCAUUUCCCUCUGCAACCCACUCCCCCCCUUACUUUGGACGGAAGAAAAAAGAAAAAAGAACCCACAUACAAACUGUUGUAAUUUAUGAUCUCAUCAAACGACUGCCUGCUUGCGUCUUUUGUACUUCAGCAAAAUUGGAGGGGGGGCCAAGGAAGGCUAUAAAAAAAAAUUACCUUGCUUCAGCCAAUCAGCAGAAGCCAAAAACAGCUGUUAAAAGGAGCUGGAUGCUUGAACGAGCAACUAUAGCGCAAUUUAAUAAAGGAGGAGAGAUUAAUACACACAUAUAAAUAUAUAUAUCACAUACACACAUUUUCUCUCUCUUGCGCUCUUUCAAACUCAAAAAGUUCCCAAGGAUUCUUAGACAGACGCGAAGAAAAGAGAAAACGCCAACUGGAAUUGACAUCGAUUUCUUGUGGUUUCUUUUUCCCCCUCUUCCACCGGCUUUUCAUUCAAGCUCCUUUAUUCAGAAGGAAGGAAGCCCCCUUUUUGAAGAGAGAGGUAUAUUUAUAUAUUUGUAUUUCUUUUAAAAUUUGGAACAAAAGGAAAGGAAAACCUCAGCUCCAUCCUGUUGCACAGGCUUCCAGAUCGCUGCCGGGUUUUUUGUUUUAAAGAAGAGUGUGUGUGCUGAAAAGAAGACAGCUCAAAAAGACUUGGCGUUGAGGUGGGGAAAGAGAGAGAGAGAGAAAGAAAGAGAAACCCCACAAUUCUGGAAAAGGGACUUCUUGAUGGUCCAUUUUAAAGAAAUUUAAAUAGGCAGUGAGAGACUUCAUGCUGGGGUGAGUGAGGUGGUGACUGGAGGUGGAUUUCAAAACCCAAAGGAGAGUGGAUGAUGCUCCUUGCUUAGGUGCUGUGAGCCACAGAUAGGACAGAAGGAGCGACCUCAAUUGCCUCCGUUUACUGCCCACAUCCUUUGUGUGCAUCAGCCGAGCUGUUGAUUUGUUUUUGAUUUUAUUUUUGCUAAUCUCAGGGGCUCCUCUUUUUCCUUAAAAGAAUCUUCUCCCUCAAAGAUCACCAAGCUCUGCCCUUUCUCCCCGCAAGGUUGCUUUUAGCAAAAAAAAAAAAAAAGUUCCAAAUGUUUCUUCUUUGGUUUAUCACCUGCUGCCACCUGGUCCUCGCUGUGGACGAACGGGCCCGUUUCGGCCAGUAUCAAGAAGAAAUAAUUUUCCCCGAGAGACUCAAUGCCACAUUCCAUCCUGCGGGUUGGGAUGAGGGUGACAUGCUAGACAACGGCCUGGGUAGCAGCGGCAGCUCGGAUGAGCGGCUCUCCUACCGCCUUCGCGUGUUCGGUGAAGAACUGGUCCUAAAUUUAGAGAAAGACCCCAGCUUCGUCGCAGAGGGCUUGACGGUCCAGUAUUUGGGCAGGUCGGGACAAGCAGUGGAUACCUUGGCCGAGCAAGGGACCUACUUCACUGGCACGGUGAACUCUGACCCGGAAUCGAUUGCGGCGGUCAACUACGACGGGGCAUCGCUGCUGGGGGUGCUUCAGUACCGUGGCACCGAGUACCACGUGCAGCCCCUGGAAGGGGGAGCCCCGAACACGGCAGGAGGAGCCGGAGCCCACGUGGUGAGGAAGAAGAUGCCAGAGAAAGCGGAUGGCCCAAUGUGCGGCGUCGGGUCCCAGGCGCCAGAGAGCAUGACAGCCCCAGCAGGCAAACCAUUGCCCAAGGACGAAGCAUCUCCCAGGAGAGCAAAGCGGUUUGCUUCCAUCCCACGCUAUGUGGAGACUCUGGUGGUGGCUGAUGAAGAGAUGGCGCAUUUCCACGGUGCAGGCCUCAAGCGCUACCUCCUCACCAUCAUGGCAGCGGCUGCCAAGUUCUUCCGACACCCCAGCCUGAAGAAUCCAGUCAACUUGGUCGUGACCAGGCUGGUUGUGAUUGGACAAUCCAAGGACGGGUUGCGGGUGUCGUCCAACGCUGCCGAGACGCUGCGAAAUUUCUGCACAUGGCAGAAAGGCCUCAAUAAGGAGAGUGACGAGGAUCCUGAGCAUUUCGACACAGCCAUUCUCUUCACUAGAGAGGAUCUCUGCGGGCGCUCUAGCUGUGGCACUCUGGGCAUGGCGGACGUGGGCACUGUGUGUGACCCAGAACGCAGCUGCUCCAUCGUGGAGGAUGACGGGCUCCAGUCUGCUUUCACUGCAGCGCAUGAGCUUGGCCAUGUCUUCAACAUGCUCCAUGACGAUGACAAGCACUGCAGAGAGCUGAACCGCCACUCAAACUCACGCCACAUGAUGGCCUCCAUCAUGUCCCCCGUGGACCCUGAAGAGAUGUGGUCCCCAUGCAGUGCCCGCUUCAUCACUGACUUCCUAGACAAUGACCAUGGUCGCUGCCUCUUAGACAAACCACGUGAACCCCUGCACCUCCCAGCUGCCUUCCCCGGCAGUGAUUAUGACGUGGACCAGCAGUGCCAGCUGAGCUUUGGGCCCGACUCACGCCACUGCCCCAGCAUGCGUCCCCCUUGUUCCUCACUGUGGUGCACGGGGCAGAUCAACGGGCAAUACAUGUGCCAGACGAAAUACUUCCCCUGGGCCGAUGGGACACCUUGCGGCGAAGGCAAGAGUUGCAUGAGCGGCCAGUGCAUAAGCAAAGUCGACUUGAAGACGUACAAUAUUCCCACCCACGGCGGCUGGGGACGUUGGGGCCCGUGGGGUGAUUGCUCCCGCAGCUGCGGAGGGGGAGUGCAGUACUCCACCCGCGAGUGCAACAAGCCUGUCCCACGCAAUGGUGGGAAGUACUGCGAAGGGAAACGCACCCAGUACCGCUCCUGCAACGUCCAGAAUUGCCCUGAUGGGAACGCUCUGACCUACCGGGAACAGCAGUGUGCUGUCUACAAUCACCGCACGGACAUGUUUAAGGACUACCCUGCCCCCAUGGACUGGGUGCCCCGCUACAGCGGUGUGGCUGAGCGUGACCAGUGCAAGUUGACCUGCCAAUCCCAUGCCUUGGGCUACUACUAUGUCCUGGAACCGAAGGUGGCUGAUGGAACACCCUGCUCCCCUGACUCCACCUCAGUCUGCGUCCAGGGGCGCUGCGUCCACGCUGGCUGCGAUCGUGUCAUCGGCUCGAAGAAGAAGUUUGACAAAUGCAUGGCGUGCGGAGGGGACAACUCUGGAUGCACCAAGAUCUAUGGUUCUUUCACCAACCCUCAGUACGGUUACAACGACGUGGUCACCAUCCCGGCGGGAGCCACCAACGUCCUGAUCCGCCAGAGCAGCGGCCCAUCGUCCUCCAGCGACGGGAUCUACCUGGCUCUCCGCCGGCGGGACGGCACUUACGCCCUCAACGGCAACUACAUCCUGGCACCUUCCGAGCAGGACGUCCACCUGCCAGGCGGGGUGAACAUGCGCUACAGCGGGGCCACCAAGGCCAUGGAGACGAUCGUGGGGCGCGGGCCCCUGAAAGAACCGCUCACCUUGCAAGCCUUGGUGGUGACCGACCAGAAGACCCCGCGCCUCAAGUACACCUUCUUCGUCCCCAAGGCUCCAAAGAGGUUGUCGAGCCAGUGGCUGAAGCAGAAGGCUCGCAUCUUGGAGGUCCUAAGGAACCGGCGAGGCCGCAAAUAGACAUGCGCACCUCUUGGGGAGAGGUGGUUCCUGCCCAGGCCUCCUGACUUGCUCUGGCCCCUGCAACCCACAAUGGAGGCAGGCGUCUGUGUGGGGAGGGGGCUCAAAAGGCACGUCUUCUUAAUGUCGCUUUCCUGAAGAUGACCAAACUGCACCAAACCUUCCCCGCUGACCCCACAAACAAGAGACCCUAAGCAGCAAAAGCUGGUGCUAGGUUUGCUGAAUGGCUCAGGGACCUUCCAGGACCUUCUGCCGCAUGUUGCGGACUCUCUUUCUUGGCUCUGCCUGGACAUUUGAAGACUCAGGACACAAACCAAGUUGUGGGGGGAAAGGGGAAAGCACCCAGAGGCUUAAGGCCUUGCAUGCCUGAAAAGGCUUGACCUCAAGUGUGGGGUUGUCAAGCAAGCUUCUCCUCCCUGAUAAGUUAUAGGGUGAUGGUCAGCCGGGCUCCAAAAUGGAAUCCAGGGUGGGGAGGAGGAGGUGAAAAAAAGCCCCUUGCUGUUUUUGUGUGGUUUAUUCGGGGAUGGGGUGGAAUGAGCGACAGGGAGAAGCAACGGAGCUGACUGAAGAGAACAGGCACCAAUUCUGCAAAAACAACAUCUGGCUUAGCCCAGGCCGUCAACGGGCCUAUUCUCCAUUGUGCUUGUUCCCUCAGUUUUUUUAUUUCCUGUCCGCUCGUGUACUGUAUUUAUUAUCCUUUUUAUUUAUUCACUACCCUGGAUGCAUAAAGAGUAUUAAUUGUGGGGAGGGUUUAUAUAUAUAUAUAUUUGUUGUUGCUGCUGGGUUUUUUUUUAAAGAAGAACAAAGGAGGCAGCAAUGUUCCUCAGCCUCACCAAAACUUGGCAAGUUUACACCACACGUUUUUUCUGGGGGAGCCAGAAAAUGUGCUCGAAUCAGCGGCGUCUACCUCAGCCUCUUAGCGCCUCCUCCUUCCCCCACUCUCUGCUCUCAAAUGGGCUUUUUUUUGGCCCACCCCACAGCUGUCUCUGGCUUUGGACAGGCGAGCCUCUCUUAUUUUUUUGGCAGCACGUGCCUUUCUCCUUUUUCUUGCGGCAAUGACAAGGCACCAGAGAAAUUACAGGCCUUGGUUGGGGGGAAAAGCCUUCCCAAAGUGGUCAGGCUCUGGGGCUUUUUCCUCAUAGUAGGCCGGCCUCAGUUAGGCCUCCCUUCUUCUAUCGUGCCGAGGGAGGGGCGAAGGGACCAGGCCUUUGUGCCUCUCACUGUUGUGGCCUGCAGAAAAGGCCACUCGAAGAAUUUCCUCCCCUCAGCCCAGAAAAUAAUGUUGUGUCUGGGCUGGUUCCCAAUUAUCACAGGUUGCGAGGGGAGCUGACGGCCCUAACAUUAUGGGCUAGGAGGCACUGCCGAGUGAGUGGCAAGGGAAUAAGCAGCAGCUUAGCAUGAGGAGGCCGUUAAAAGGGAAUUAUUUUUCCCAGCCUAAAAAAAAAGUGAGGGAAAGCAGGUGAUUUCAUUGAGGUGGCAGGGAGAGAGAAGGUCAUAGAGCAAACCCAAUGGAAUCAAUGGUUCCGACUAGCUUAGGUCCACAAAUUUCAGUGGGGCUACUCUGAGUAAAAGUCAGUUGGCUAUCAUCCCUAGACGCUGACGUUCAAUUCUUCUAAAAUGAGAGCAGAGGUUAGUGGUUGCAGCAGCGAAGUAGGGCGAAGGUGGGAAACAAUGGGACUCCACCAGCUCUGAGAGCGAAAGGAUGCCAAGCCAGGGUCUUCUCAUUGUCUCUCCCCUCCCUGAGGAGUAGAAGCACAUGGGCCAAGAGGCAGCAAAAGGGAACAAGAAACUCAUUCUGCACAUUGCUGUGCCAGAAGCACCAGCCCUUACAACAGGGGCAGGGAACAUUGGGCCCUCCAGAUGCUGUUGAACUGCAAUUCCCAUCAUCUCUGGCCAUUGGCCAUGCUUGCUGGGGCUGAUGGGAGUUGUAGUUGAGCAACAUGAGCUAUGCCCAUACCGAGGCUGAUACACACUAAGUUUCCCCCUGGAGGGGGUGAAUUAUAUUUAAAACCUCUGUAGAACCAGAGGGAAUCCCCCCCAAACAGCUCCCCAGUUUUGUCAGUGAUAGCCCUUUCCCUCAACCACAGAUAGUUAAUAAUUUAAUUAAAUUAUAAAUCAAGGAGGAUAGCAGCAAAAGCCUUAACUGGCCCCGGGGCAAGUCCCCAGGGGUCAUGAGGUUGGGUUUUAUAUUCGUUUUGUAUAGAACAGUGUGUUUGAUCUUAAUAACUAUUGUUGGGGAUCUGGGGUUAUUUUUUUUUCUGUUUUGAAAUAAUAAAAACUCCGCCAGGUUAUUUAAUGCUA